UUCACCUGUGAAAGAGUCAUUGCCAUCGACAUAGACCCAGUCAAGAUUGCCUGUGCACGUAGAAAUGCCGAGUUGUACGGAGUGGCCGACCGCAUAGAGUUCCUGGUGGGAGACUACCUCGUAUUAGUACCACACCUCAAGGCAGUGGAUGUGGUAUUCCUGAGUCCUCCGUGGGGUGGCCCCGCCUACUCUUCCUCAUCCGUCUUUGACCUUCACUCCAUGUCUCCUCUGAAUGGAUAUCCUCCUCUGUCCUCUCUUUCUUUUCUUCCCCUCACCCACACACACUGACCAAUGUUAUGAUAGCUCCAAGAUGUUGUGGUCUGGAAGCCAAGUGGCUUCAAUUAGCAUAUCAGUUGUUGUUUUGAUAGCCAGCCUCUACCUCAGAGCCAUAAGUCUUCUCCUCAAUAAAAAGUUUUUUUUCAGAACCAUCCCCACAACCUUGCCUAGUUUCUUUGGGAAUGUUUUAUCUCUAAUCCCAUGGUAACUGGUAAACAAUUCUCUAUAUCCCUGUGCUGUAUUGACACCAUAAGAUGUUGGGAAUAAUGUUGAACUUCAGACAGAUUCCUUAAUUAAAACCCUUUCCCCACUGAGUUGGUGUACCGAGUGGCUCGUGAUGUCUGCAAGAACAUAGCGUUCUACCUGCCACGGAACACCAACCUAGACCAGGUUGUAAAUCUGGCCGGACUAGACGAACAUGUUGAAGUGGAGCAGCACUUUCUCAACUCCAGACUUAAAACUGUGACUGCUUAUUUUGGUGAACUGGUUUCUCCACAUUACUAACAGUUGCAUAAUUAUAGCUACAUUCUAUUAUACUAUAUUGUAUAUACUGGUCUAUGUGUCACCAAUACUGACAGAGCUGUUUUAUCCGUAACAGAGUUAGUGUCCCCAUUACGCUGAACGUCAUGAUGGUCUCUAAUACUAU